CUCCUCCCAAAUCAAAUCCUUCCUCCCGCGCUCUCUCGCGAUAUUAGGCGACGAGCCACGGAUCCAACAUGGCAGAAGAGGAGGUGCAGAAAUUGCAGAAGCACCUUGCUCUGCUGAGGCAGGAGUAUGUGAAGAUGCAACAGAAGCUGGUGGAGACGGACAGGCGGUGCUCUGUGUUGGCUGCCCAGGCCUCUCUCCCUGGCUCUGUGUCCCAGGCCAGUGACUCCUUCAUCAGCCGCCUGCUGGCCAUUGUGGCUGACCUCUUUCAGCAAGAGCAGUACAGCGAUCUGAAGGUGAAGAUUGGAGAUCAGAGGCUCAGCGCUCAUAAAUUCGUGCUGGCUGCUCGGAGUGAAAUCUGGAGUUCAGCCAACUUGGCCUCCACUACAGAACUGGACCUCUCAGAUGCCAAACCAGAGGUUGCCAUGGCAAUGCUGCGCUGGGCGUACACAGAUGAUCUGGAGUUGAGUGGGGACGACGGCUUCCUUAUCGACCUGAUGAAGUUAGCCAACCGCUUCCAGCUCAAUCUUCUGCGUGAAAGAUGUGAGAAAGGAGUGAUGUCAUCAGUGAACGUGAGGAACUGUAUCAGGUUCUACCAGACAGCCGAAGAGCUGGACGCCACAACAUUGAUGAACUAUUGUGGAGAGAUCAUUGCCAGUCACUGGGAUGAUCUACGGAAAGAGGACUUCAGUAGCAUGGAUGCUCAGCUGCUCUAUAAAAUGAUCAAAUCCAAGACCGAGUACCCCCUUCACAAAGCAAUUAAAGUAGAACGAGAAGAUGUUGUCUUCCUUUAUCUAAUAGAGAUGGAUGCCCAGUUACCAGGAAAGCUGAAUGAGCUAGACAAUAAUGGAGAUUUGGCGCUGGAUCUGGCUCUGUCCAAGAAGCUGGAGAGCAUCGCCACCACACUGGUCAACAACAAAGCAGAUGUUGACAUGGUGGACCAGAGCGGCUGGAGUCUUCUGCACAAGGCCAUCCAGAGAGGAGAUGAAUUUGCUUCCACUUUUUUGAUCCGUCACUCUGCGCAGGUGAAUGCUGCCACAGUGGGUGCAGUUGAGACGCCUCUGCACCUUGUCUGCUCUUUUAGCCCUAAGAAACACAGUGGUGAAGUUAUGGCUGGCAUGGCCCAUAUUGCUGAGGCUCUGCUCAAAGCUGGUGCCAACCCAAACAUGCAAAACAGCAAAGGACGGACGCCAUUACAUGAGGCUGUGGUGUCGGGAAAUGAAGCAGUCUUUAACCAGCUUCUACAAUGCAAACAAUUGGACCUGGAGUUGAAAGAUCACGAAGGCAGCACCGCACUGUGGCUGGCCCUGCAGUACAUCACUGUGUCCUCUGACCCCUCCGUGAACCCUUUUGAGGAUGAAGCUCCUGUUGUGAAUGGAACCUCAUUUGACGAGAACAGCUUCGCAGCAAGGCUUAUACAAAGAGGGAGCAAUCCUGAUGCACCAGACUCCAAUGGUAACUGCCUCAUGCAGAGAGCAGCUAUCACAGGAAGUGAAGCAGCCGCUAUCUUCCUGGCCACACAUGGAGCUAAAGUCAAUCACACCAACAAAUGGGCUGAGACCCCCCUCCAUACGGCGUGCCGCUGUGGCCUGGCAGGGCUGACGGUGGAGUUGCUCCAGCAGGGGGCGAAUCCUAACCUGCAGACCGACAGCGCCCUGCCUGACGGAGCCGAGAAGAGCCAAGGAGUCUUCCUCCAGAGCCCGCUCCACCUGGCCAUCGUUCACAACCACCCAGAUGUGGUGUCUGUCAUACUAGAGCAGAAAGCCAAUGCAUUACAUGCCACCAACAACCUGCAGAUCAUCCCUGACUUCAGUUUGAAAGACUCCAUGGAUCAGACCGUUCUGGGUCUUGCACUCUGGACCGGUAUGCACACUAUUGCCGCACAGCUGCUGGGUUCUGGAGCAGCCAUUAAUGACACCAUGUCUGAUGGACAGACACUACUGCACAUGGCUAUAAAGAGACAGGACAGCAAGAGCGCCCUCUUCCUGCUAGAGCACCAGGCCGACAUCAACGUCAGGACCCAGGAGGGGCAAACGGCUUUGCAGUUGGCUAUCAGUAACCAGCUCCCUUUAGUAGUGGACGCCAUCUGCACAAGAGGAGCUGACAUGUCAGUGGUGAAUGAGAAGGGUGAUCCUCCACUCUGGCUGGCUUUGGAAAAUGGUUUGGAGGACAUCGCGUCCACAUUGGUCAGGCACGGGUGUGAUGCAACUUGUUGGAGUUCAGGGCCUGGAGGCUGUCAGCAAAAUCUUCUCCACAGAGCCAUCGAUGAGAACAAUGAGGUCACUGCUUGCUUCCUUGUACGCAGUGGCUGUGAUGUGAACAGCCCAAGGAGGCCUGGUCCUAACGGUGAGGGAGAUGAGGAGGCGAGGGAUGGACAGUGCCCGCUGCAUUUGGCUUCGUCCUGGGGGCUAGAGGAGGUGGCUCAGUGCCUUUUGGAGUUUGGAGCCAAUGUGAAUGCACAGGAUUCAGAAGGCCGUGCUCCGAUCCAUGUCGCCAUCAGCAAUCAGCAAAGCAUCAUCAUUCAGCUGCUCAUCUCCCACCCUGAAAUCCGAUUGAAUAUUCGAGACAGACAAGGCAUGACGCCAUUUGCCUGUGCCAUGACCCACAAGAACAACAAGGCUGCCGAAGCCAUCCUCAAGAGAGAGCCUGGCGCUGCCGAACAGGUGGACAACAAAGGUCGCAACUUCCUGCAUGUUGCUGUGCAGAACUCCGACAUAGAGAGUGUGCUCUUUCUCAUUAGCGUACAGGCCAAUGUCAACUCCAGAGUGCAGGACAGUGCCAAACUCUCUCCUCUACACCUGGCCGUGCAGGCAGGAUCCGAGAUCAUUGUCAGAAAUCUGCUGCUGGCUGGUGCAAAAGUAAACGAGCUGACCAAGCAUCGUCAGACAGCGUUGCAUCUCGCUGCACAACAGGACCUUUCCACAAUCUGCUCUGUUUUGAUCGAGAAUGGCGUUGACUUUGCUGCCGUAGAUGAGAAUGGAAACAAUGCACUUCAUCUGGCUGUGAUGCAGGGGCGUCUGAAUAAUGUGCGUGCGCUACUCACUGAGUCCAACAUAGAUGCUGAGGCCUAUAAUCUCAGAGGUCAAUCUCCCAUGCAUGUCCUCGGCCAGUAUGGGAAGGAGAACGCGGCAGCCAUCUUUGAGCUGUUUUUAGAAUGCAUGCCUGAGUAUCCCCUGGAUAAACCUGACAAUGAGGGGAACACAGUGCUUCUGUUGGCUUACAUGAAAGGAAACGCUAACCUGUGUCGUGCCAUCGUGAGGGCUGGAGCUCGACUCGGCGUCACUAACAACCAGGGCAUUAACAUCUUCAACUAUCAAGUUGCCACUAAGCAGCUUCUGUUCCGUCUGCUAGACAUGCUUUCCAAAGAGCCCCCGUGGUGUGAUGGAUCAAACUGCUAUGAAUGUAUAACCAAAUUUGGAGUCACCACCAGGAAACAUCACUGCCGCCAUUGUGGGCGUCUGCUCUGCCAUAAGUGCUCUAUAAAAGAGAUCCCCAUCAUCAAAUUUGACCUGAACAAACCUGUGCGUGUAUGCGACAUCUGCUUUGAUGUGCUGACAUUGGGCGGCGUGUCCUAACACACUAGAGGACCUUGAAGAACGGGCACCAGCCGAGCGGAGUAUGAACCCACAGGCUGGGCCUAGCACUAAAAGGAUGGAGAAAUGGAGUAAGACACAUUGAGAAGAAGAGCCCUUGAACAAAACCAUUCCAUUCUUGUCAAAGGAAAAAAUACCACCAUAACAAUGUGUUUGUUCUAGCAGUUCUUUUUAGAACCAAAAUAUUAAAACAAGUGGAAUGCA